AUGUCCACCACACAAAUCCCCGCCCUCCUCCAGCCCAUAAUCGCCCUAAAUGGUUGGACCUUCGCAAUGGAAAUCUGGAUGUACGCCACACGCAUCCCCGUCUUCACGCGCCUCAAAGUCGCCGCGGACAACACCAGAACCCGCGCCGACAUGGACCGGCUGACCCCGGCCCCGGUGCGCUGGAAAGCAGACAACUACAACAACCUCUUCGAGCAGCCGACGCAGUUUUACGCGAUUGCGCUGGUGCUGGCCAUUGCGCGGCGAGCGGCUGGGGAGGCGGAUAAUGCUCUUGAUCUCAAGCUUGCGUGGGUGUAUGUGGGGUUGAGGAUCGUGCAUAGUCUGACGCAGGCGACGACGAAUAAUAUCAUGCGCCGGUUUUCGCUUUAUAUUGCGAGUAGUGGCGUUGUUGCGGCUUUGGGCGUGAGGGCUGCGAUGCUUGUUUUCUGA